GUUAGAACUACUCCCUGCUGUGUGGACCGGCCGCCGGAAUGGGCCGCGGCAGCAUCGCUGCCUUCGCCUCGUACAGGCCACCAUGUCAAUGGGACAUCUUCUCGUGCCCGAUCCCGCCAACCGGUGGUGGCAGUGACGAGGUGCACCUCUCCGACGGCGUCUCCUACAACCACAACGGCCGGCCCAUCCCGGCGGCGGCUCUGAAGGCGCUCAUCGCCAAGAAACCUGAGCUCGCCGCCGAGUGUGGCGCCACCGCCGACGACGUGGACACGGGCCGCGCCACCGGCCUCGUCUUCGUCUCGGAGAGGGAGGAGGGCCUGGAGACGCUGCACGUCGCUCUGCGCUUCGACGGCAAGGUGAAGGUGCUGAGCCUGGCCGACAUCUACGGCGCCGACACCUUCGGCGGCGUGCGCAUGGAGGACAGCGGCUGUUUCGGCGGCGGCUUGGCUCCCGACGCCGCCGACGACCCUUGCAUCGUCUACGUCUCCACCAAGAAGCCGGUGGAGAAGCGGCGCACCCCAUGGACGGUGGUGUACCGGACCAACCUCAGGACCGGCGAGACGGUGAGGCUCACUCCAGACGGGGAGUACGAUCUGAGCCCGGCCGUGUCGCCGUCGGGGAAGAGGGUGGCCGUGGCCAAGUUCAGCGACAACAAAUGGAGCGGCGAGAUCGAGCACCUCAAGACCGACAUCGUGGUCAUGAUCAUGAACGUGGACCGCAACGCGCAGGGCGGCGGCAAGCCGCUGGACGACCGGGCAGUGUGCAUCCAGGACGCCGGCUGGCCGUCGUGGGGCAGCGACAACGUCAUCUUCUUCCACAGAGCGGUGGACAAGAAAGACGACCCCGACAGCGACAGGCUCACGCCGCACUGGGGCGUGUACCGCUACGACAUCGCCGCCGGCCGCACGGAGCCCGUCACGCCGGGGAACAUCUACGCGAUGACUCCGGCGGCCAUCAGCGAGACCAAGGUGGCCGUGGCCACCAUCCGGCAGAGAACCAACCAGAUGGGCGGCGCGCGCGACGCGGACAUGUUCCGCCACAUCGAGAUCUUCGACGUCCCCGGCCCCGGCGGCACCCAGCAGCCGUCAGUGAAGAUCACCCAGGUCGUGUGGCCCAAGGCCGACCACUACAACCCCUUCGUGCUCCAUGGCGGCGCCUGCAUCGGCUACCACCGCGCCACAACCGAGAGGCUGCUGGAGGAGACUGGGAAAAGCAACGUGGCGAGGAGCUUCGACAAGCUGCAGUCGGUGCACAAGGACGUGGAUGUGUUCAGGGUGUCCGGCGUCUUCCCCACCGUCUCCUCCGACGGCUCCAAGCUCGCCUUCGUUGACAACGAGUUCAAGGCCGUGUGGGUCGCCGACGAACCACGAGGAUUGCGUGUCGUCUGGGAGUGGAGAAGGCCGAACAGUGUCUUCUCGACGGCGUGGAACCACGACCCGGACAAGGACGUGCUGUACGUCUGCGUCGGCCCGGCGUUCAGCGCCGACAGCCGGCUGGAGAUCCACGCCAUCUUCAACGCGUCGGGAGACGAGUCGCAGAGGCAGUUAAGGAAGCUCACCGCCGGAGGCUUCAACAACGCCUUCCCGAGCAGCAACCCGGCGGGGACCAAGAUCGUGUUCAGGUCGACCAAGGACGCGCCGCCGCCGCCGCCGGGAGGUUUCAGGCAAAAGAACCUGUACAUCAUGGAGGACGCCAUGGAAGGGGAGUCUGCCGGAGUGACACGGCUGACCGACGGCGACUGGACCGACACCCACUGCCAGUGGUCGCCCAGCGGCGACUGGAUCGUCUUCUCGUCCUCACGCCACAAGCCGGACGGCGCGCCCAAGACGGACAACUUCCUCGACCCCGGCUACUUCGGCGUGUACCUGGUGAAUCCGGCGAGCCCCAAGGCCGUCGUCAGGGUGAUGACGAGCGCGCUGCCGCCACCGGUGCCGACCAACGUGGCCGGCCUCGGCCACGUCAACCACCCCAUGUUCAGCCCGGACGGCAGGAGCAUCGUCGUCACCGCCGACCUCGCCGCGGUGUCCGUGGAGCCGAUCUCCAUGCCCAUGUUCCUGCACUCCGUCAGGCCCUACGGCGACAUCUUCUCGUUCGACAUCGACCCCGUCGACAUGGACAAGAACAAGGACAUCCAGAAGUUUCACCGCGUCACGCACAGCCGCUACGAGUACGCCACGCCGGUGUGGACCCAGUUCGCCAUUGACGACCCGAAUGCUCCGUGGAAGUUGCUGGUGGCGUCACACACUACAGCUCGCAGCUACAAGCCGGCGUGCCCGUAUAUGCAUUCUGACGGUGGACAGAGCUGGCACAUGACCGGACACCUCGUCAUCCCACAGAGACACUGCUAGUGCAUGCCAGUGCUAGCUGAUCGUCAGCACAUUAUUCAUCAUUUGCCCAUACUUGUAAUGAAUAACGAUAAUAAUGGGAUUUGUUAACGUCAAAAACAAAUAAAAUAAUGAACUUGUGUUUAGUGUACU